AUUCGAUUCUACUCUACUUCGAAACCAACUAAGUUUCAAUCAAAGCGCUUGUUCAAAGUAAAGGGAAAUAUGGAAUAUGUUAUCGCAUAUUAAAUAAUAUAAAUAUAUUUUACUGCCUGAUGAAUAAUAAAAUUCUAAUAUAACAUUAAUUAAAUACAACCAAUAUGUUUGAAUGGGCAUAUAGUGGUGCAAAUAAAGCUGUGCCUAGAAAUGUAGGUCCUGAAUGUGCUUAUUUUUUAUCAACUAAAAGACAAAUUAUUGAAACUGUUUUAGUAACAUCAUUAUGCAUCUACACAUUACUAAAGAUCUAUCCCAAGUUACAAAUAACAGAGAAAAAAUGCUAUUCAAAAUAUGACCGAGGAGGUAAACGCCUAUUGGUGAUUCUACUAUCUUUACUGUGGGGGAUGGAAAUUGGUUUCAAGUUUGCUUCCAGAACUGUCAUAUACUUAUUGAACCCUUGUCAUGUUACAACAUUAAUGCAGAUCUAUUUGCUGACAGCACCUCCUAGUAACACGGUAACAACCAUAUUUCGUAUACAUUUGAAUUUAUUAAAUGGACCACUACUAGCAUUCAUAUUUCCUGAAACAGCUUCAAGAACGAUUUUCGCCGAAGCAGCCUUAUAUUGGAUACAACAUGGAAUGAUGUUUGUUAUACCAUAUUAUUUACUGAGAAUUGGAGGUGUGUAUAAUGUAGAACCAUUUUGGGACUUCAAUUGGUGCAUCUUCAGCUAUGCCCUAAAUCUUCUAUACCAUUUUAUUGUUCUACAACUGAUUGCCAUUCCAGCUCAAGUGAACUUAAACCACAUGUUGUGUCCGGCCAUAUUGGAUCCAUUCGACGGGCCCUGGUAUCGCACUGCGGCGGUCAUACAUCAAGCUUUGCUUUGUCCUUUGCUGUGUAAGCUUUUCUGUCUCUUUGCCGAUUUUUGCCUUACAAAAUUUCCCCCAACAAAAGUGAAACCCCAAAUGUGUGACCUAUUGCAAGGUAAGGACAUAGUUGUAGGAGAUCACAAAUCAAUUGAUUAGUGUCGGGUGUAAGAUGAUUACGACUUUGAUUUCAUCGAAGCUAACCCUUGAAGGGUAGUAAAGAAAUAUUUAAAUUAUUCUUAUUGCCUAAUUUAGGAAAGUUGAUACUUUUCAUGACGUCCAUUUGAGGGGUUCUUAUAAAUUAAGGUUGAAACAACCUUAAUGUAAUUUUAGUAAAGUACAAAAUGUUUAUUAUGAAUGUAUAAUAAAUAUUUUCAAAUAGAAUUACGAUUCUCGGCCGAGUAUAAUGAGAAUUUGGAUCUGGUAUCAUCUGUGAUCAUCUUUGUGGUUUAAAUUAUUUUGUACUUGUUGAUUCUGUUUUGCGUUAUAUAAGCAAAAUAGAAUUUUUAAAUAAUUAUAAAGUCAUACUUAAAUACGCUUAUGCAUUUUAAUCUUAAUACAAAUAUAAAGGGAUACAGAUAUUUUACAUUAGUGGAAAUGGACAUAAUUUUUAAGGAAAAGGGAAAUGCUAGUCUAUCUCUUCUUGAGAUGCUUUCCGGAAUAUUGUGUGUUAGACCAAUGACUGUUCAAAUAUAAUAUUCUAUGAAAAUAAAUAUUACUAUGGUUGGUAUUGUUGGAGGGUGGGACAAAUAGUAUUACUAGCAAAUAACUGAGAUGAUUAGUAGUAUUUUUAAAAUAUACAAAAACUACGAUAAACCACAAAUCAAUUGUAGUUAUAUUAAAUAGCGGUUGCUAGGAUCUCAGAGACCUUUCUUUUAAAAUAUUAAAGCUUAGGGCUCAUUUAUUGUAUUUAUGUAGACACGAAUAA